GGAGACGACCAGAAAAUCCUAGAACCAUUUCCAUAUUGCUGCCAGAAACACAACAUGAACACGUUCUUGCCAUCGAACAGGGCCACAAGUAGGGGUGUGCCAGAAUGGCGUGGGAUCCGUGUUUGCCCUGGGUGACACAGACCCCAGUUGCGGCCCUGCCCCCAAGAGUCCAGCUUGAUAUAAGAAAGAUUUGUCUGCUUGCUGGGAUAUAGUCAAGGGAACAUACCUUUUUAUGAAGGAGAAAUCACUCUUAAUCCAUAGAGAUAACUUUAUGAAUUUCAGAAUUUCAGUUGUGGCAGCAAUAGGAUAAGCCCAGUGUGAGUUAGGAUUCCAUCUUCUGAAUUGCAUCUCCAAUGGCAAAGCAAUCCUAACCUUCUGUUACAGAAUAUUUUCUGAGAUGCUAAAUAUUUACAAUUAAAAUGAUGUUUUGAUUUUAAGAUCAAAAGAUACUUGCUUCCUAGUUUUAAAACAACCUGGUAUUUGUCCACAAAAAUGAUAUUAAAGCACAGUCUUCUAAUUAUUGGGUAAAUAUGCCAGUUUUAUCUACUUCCUUUCAACUUAUUUAUAAAUAUAAGUUCCUGGUGUAGGAAUCUCAGUACUUUAAAAAUGUUACUGGGUAUGGAAUUUCAGGUAUAGCAACAGCAUUCAGAUCAGAAAGUUAAGUAAACUCUAUUUAAACACACUGCUGUAAAGCACUCAGUUGCAAAUCAGACUGGGUUUAAGUUCUAUAAAUAGAAUGAAAUAACAAAUUCAAGUCUUUUAAUAAAAGGAUGUGUGUUGCAGGUCUGUUCGCUGGUUGGACAGGUGUAUUGCAGCACACAGCAAACCUAACCAGCAGAACUUAUUUGCCAUUAUUCAGGGUGGGCUGGAUCCUGUCUUGCGAACCAAAUGUCUGGAAGAGAUGACUAAACGAGAUGUGCCAGGCUUUGCUAUUGGAGGCCUGAGUGGUGGUGAAGCCAAAGAUCACUUCUGGAGGAUGGUGGCCCUCAGCACAAAACAUCUCCCGAGGAACAAGCCUCGCUACCUUAUGGGAGUCGGUUAUGCUACUGAUCUGGUGGUGUGUGUAGCCCUGGGCUGUGACAUGUUUGACUGUGUCUAUCCCACAAGGACAGCACGCUUUGGUUCAGCUUUGGUCCCUUGGGGCUCCCUACAGCUGAAGAACAAGCAAUAUGCCAAGGAUUUCCGGCCCAUCGAUGAGAACUGCACGUGCUCCACCUGCCAGAGAUAUAGUCGAGCUUUCUUGAAUGCUCUCUACCCUGUUGAUUCAGCUGCCAAGCAUCACAUUACCGUCCACAAUAUUGCCUACCAGAUGAACCUGAUGCAUUUGAUCCGCGAGAGCAUAACUGAGCAAAGAUUUCCACAGUUUGUUCGGAAUUUUAUGAAGACUCUGUAUGGGAACUCCAGCAACUAUCCCCAGUGGGCUGUGGAGGCCCUGGCCUCAGUUGGAAUUAAUCUGGAGUAAGAGACAU